UUCGCACGUGAAAAAUAAAAUAUAAGAAAGGGUGUUGCCUGGCGGCGGGCACACCUUCUUCCGUACCUGUGCAUUUCGAAUUCCUGCUCUUGUGUCGUCGGCCACAGAAGAAACAGACGCUAACGUGGAAAUGACCGCCAGCAAGUUGGGCCUGAAAUUCGACGACCUUGGCAGGGUGCGGGUCGUCGACGAGGACACUGCAAACGCGACCAAAGAACUGCACGAGCAGAGCAGCGAACUACUCGAGAACAUCGGCAAGUAUCAGAAAAUCGCCGAAGACUUGGUUUCCGUGUCCGAAACUUUGGCCGAGCAGGUGGAGCGAGAAAAACUGACCGCUUUGCAGUCCAACAUCAAAUUGCAGCACGAGGUGGAGCACCGAGAAAUGCUCAAACACCAACUCCAGAUGCAGAUUCUGGAAAAACAAUCGGAACUGGAACGUCUGAAUGCCGAGUACCACAAUUUGCAAAGAGUUGAGCAGGAACAACAGGACAUGAUUGAUCAGCUAGCAGCCUAAAUUUAGUAAAUUUUGAACACAGAUUUCGACUUGAGACUUCAUUUUAUUGACAGAAAUAAUUCCGUUGUUACCCACAAAGCCUCACUAAUAAUCUAAAAACAUCUUGAUGCGAGCUAAGAGAGACAGAAAGGUGAAUCAUCCACCAAUGGAAAUUAAGCGUUUGCUUCAUUAUUUCUUGAGAAUUAUUACAUUCAGCAACCAGCGCGUUUUUCAUAUACUCAUGUAAGCACAAACUCUCAAUUUUUUCACACACCAAGGGACUAUUUUAUAAAUUAUGGCAAAGGAAAUAUCAAGUGAUGUGUAUGAAAAAAAAAAUCAAGAUACCAGCUGGAACAACGAGUGAAAA